CAACAGCUUACGUACACUCCAUCUCAUAAAUGCUACAUGCCCAAUUCUGUGCUUAUAUGAAGACCCCAAAUGGCCAUAAGAAAUCGCCCACCUCCUUCUGUCUGCAACUGCAUCAUCUGAAACUCCUUAUUUCACCUCUCUCUAUUUCUCUCUCUCUCUCUCUCACACACACACACACUAACAUUAAUAGUAUUGUCAUAUACUAUUUUCUGCAAUGGAGUUGGGAAGCAUACUGCACUUUCUUCAAGACAAGACCAUUUUGAUCACUGGAGCCACUGGUUUUCUUGCCAAAGUUUUAUUGGAGAAGAUAUUGAGGGUCCAACCAAAUGUUAAGAAGCUCUACCUUCUCUUAAGAGCUGCAGACGCCAAAUCUGCAACUCAUCGCUUGCACAGUGAGAUCAUAGCGAAGGAUUUGUUUAGGAUAUUAAAGGAAAAAGUGGGUGUACAUUUUAACUCUUUCAUCUCGAAAAAGUUGACUCUGGUGCCUGGGGACAUUUCUCGUGAAGAUUUAGGAAUUGAAGAUACCAUUCUAAGGGAAGAGAUUUAUGAUCAAACAGAUGUCAUCAUAAAUUUAGCUGCAACAACUAACUUUGAUGAAAGGUAUGAUAUAUCUUUGGGUCUAAAUACCUUUGGAGUUAAGUAUGUGAUCAACUUCGCCAAAAAGUGUGCUAAACUCGAGGUUCUUGUGCAUGUAUCAACAGCCUAUGUAUGCGGUGAGGGAGGAGAAGAAGGGCUCAUAUUAGAGAAACCUUAUCAUUUGGGUGAUUCUCUGAAUGGAGUUUCUGGAUUAGACAUCAAUGCAGAAGACAAGGUGGUUCGUGAAAAACUGACCGAGUUACGACAACUGGGGGCCACAGAAAAGGAAAUUAAAGAGGUUAUGAAGGACUUGGGUAUUAGCAGGGCAAAGUUGUAUGGAUGGCCAAACACAUACGUAUUCACGAAAGCCAUGGGAGAGAUGCUUGUGGAGCAACUAAAAGGAAACUUAUCCGUUGUGAUCAUUCGUCCUACUAUUGUUACCAGCACACUCAAAGAACCUUUCCCUGGUUGGGCAGAAGGUGUAAGAACCAUUGACAGUUUAGCAGUAGCCUAUGGGAAAGGAAAAUUAACAUGCUUCCUUGGAGAUCUCAAAGCAAUUAUUGAUGCGAUACCAGCUGACAUGGUGGUGAAUGCAAUACUUGUGGCUAUGGUGGCUCAUGCAAAUCGUCCCAGUGAUGACGUUAUAUAUAAUAUUGGUUCUUCUGUUAGAAAACCACUGAGAUACAGCAAUCUUCAAGACUAUGGCUUGAGAUAUUUCACAGCAAAACCAUGGAUAAACAAGGAUGGAAGGCCAGUUAAGGUUGGCAAAGUUACAGUAUUGGACAACAUGGACAGCUUCAGAAGAUAUAUGUUCAUCCGCUACCUCGUUGUGCUGAAGGGACUUGAGCUAGCCAAUACUGCAUUUUGCCAGUAUUUCCAAGGAACAUAUCUUAAUCUCAAUAGGAAGAUCCAGAUCGUGAUGCGGUUGGUGGACCUUUACAAGCCCUACUUGUUCUUCAGAGCUGCGUUUGAUGAUAUGAACACAGAGAAGUUGCGAAUGGCAGCAAGAGAAGGAGGAGUGGAGAGAGAUUUGUUUUACUUUGAUCCAGAAGUGAUAGAUUGGGAUGAUUACUUUUUGAACAUCCACCUUCCUGGUGUUGUGAAGUACAUUUUCAAGUGAAAUUAUAAUUGAAGUGAGAUAUAUAUAUAUUGUUAGAGUGAAUUUUAUUACUAUGAUAAGAAAAAAUUGUACUAGAUGAGUGAGAUGAAGGUUAUGUUAGAGUUUGUGAAGGGCAGCAUAAAUGGUGUUAGAGCUGCUAAAUAUGUUUCAGAAACUUUGAUAAAGUGUAUCAAUAUAUUUUUCAAUCAUAUAUUUUUAAAUUUACUUGUCUCUUACAAUAAGUAAGAGUGAGUAUCUGAUUAGUAAACAAA